CCCUCGCACACAGGAAUCUAAGGGAAAAUCCUUCCUGGUGGUAAAAAUCUCAUGAUUAUUACUUUCUUCUAAUGUCAUUGAAAAACAAAAGAUAACUCCUAUGUGUUAAUCAAGACUGAGGUGUCAUGCAAAGUUAUUUGGCUUAUAUAAACCCCUAAAGAGUUCACACAAAAAAAGGGUAAAGCAAAAAAACCAAAAACUCUUUUCUUUUCAGGUGAAUUGAGAAAAUGGACAUGACUAUGGCAGCUGCUGGUGGGUCUGGAGAUGAACAAAAGAAUGAUCAGAAUGGAAAAAAGUCCUACCGUCGUCAUAAGUCUGAUCAAACAACUAAGCUUGAAGAAUUAUUUAGCGUAUGUCCACAUCCAGAUGAAAAGCAAAGGCGUCAAAUAGCCAAAGAUCUCGGACUUGAGCCAAAACAAGUGAAGUUUUGGUUUCAAAAUAAGAGGACUCAAAAAAAGACUCAAACUGAAAGGGCAAAUAACAAUGCUCUUCGUGUCGAGAAUGAAAGAAUGUAUAAUGAAAAUCUCGUAAUUAGAGAGACAUUAAAGAAUAUAAUUUGUCCAUCAUGUGGGGGUCCACCCUAUGGAGAUAAAGGACAUGAACAUUCUCUAGAAAAACUUCGCCUCGAAAAUGCUCGUCUAAAUGUAGAGCGUGAGAAAGUGUCUAAUCUUCUUACAAUGUACAUGGAGAAACCGACGUCAGAACUAAAGUUAGAAUCAACUCCUAUUAAAGGAUCUUCAUCACGUGAUGCAUUAAUAUUAGGAAGUCCUCUAAAACUAGGAGUUGGAAGUGCUGGUAUGAAUCUUGGUGGUUCAACAAGUCUUUCAUUUCAAGGUGAAGAAAUCGUGUCCAACCCAGGGAGCAAAGUAACAAAAAUGGAAAAAACAAUGAUGUCACAAAUUGCAAUAGCCGCUAAGGAGGAAUUACUCAGGCUUUUGUGCACGAGUGAGCCCUUAUGGUUCAAGUCUUCAAUUGAUCAAAGAUUUGUUCUUCAUCUUGAAUGCUAUGAAAAUCUCUUCCCAAGGAUUAAUCACUUCAAAAAUUCCAAAGCACAUGUAGAAUCAUCAAAAGAUUCACGAAUUGUGAAAAUUCAGGCGAAGGAAUUAGUUGACAUGUUCUUGGACUCGGAAAAAUGGAAAAGUUUUUUCCCAACAAUUGUGACAAAAGCGCAGACAAUCGAAGUACUUGAAAAUGGUUCAAUAGAUAGCCGAAGUGGAACUUUAUUAUUGAUGUAUAAAGAGAUGCACGUUCUAUCACCUUUAGUGCCAUCUCGAGAAUUCUACUUCCUCCGCUAUUGUCAACAACUUGAAGCCGGUGUAUGGGUGAUAGCAGAUGUUUCAGUUGACUACAUGAAAGGGACUAACCCUCAUCCCAGUUCUUGGAGGUUUCCCUCAGGAUGCAUGGUUCAUGAAAUUUCUAAUGGGGCAUGCCAUGUUUCUUGGGUUGAACAUGUGGAAGUGGAUGAGAAGAUCCAACCACAUCAACUUUAUCGAUAUAUUGUUAAUAACAAUAUUGCAUAUGGAGCAAAAAGAUGGCUUACAGAACUUCAAAGAAUGUGUGAAAGAUUUAUCAGUGUUGGAGCUGAAUACAUAUCUAAUUAUGACAUCGGUGGAGUGAUCACUACAAUCGGAGGAAGGAAGGGUAUAAUGAAGCUUUCUCUUCAAAUGGUUAAGAACUUCUAUGGAUUUUUAAACAUGUCAAGUAACACUAACUUCCCCCAACAUUUAACUGAGGGGAAUAAUAGGGUUACGAUCUCUGCUCAAAAAAAUACAAACCCAAGCCAACCAAAUUCCAUGAUUACCAUCACUGCUGCUACAUCUUUUUGGCUUCCGCUCCCUUCUCAGAAUCUUUAUGACUUUUUUAGAGAUCCAAUAAGACGUGCUAAGUGGGAUGUCAUGUGUUAUAAAAACUCAGUGCAAGAGAUUGCACGCAUCUCCUCCGGAACUCAUCCUAGCAACUACAUAUCGAUUAUUCAGCCUGUCCACCCAACUAUGAAUAAUGUGGUGAUGAUUCAAGAAAGUUCUUUUGAUCCUCUAGGAUCAUAUGUUGUAUAUUCUCCCCUCAAUAUACUUGACAUAAGGAGGGCUAUAAAUGGUGAAGAUUCUUCAACAACGUCAAUUUUUCCAUCAGGAAUUGUCAUUUUAGAUAAUGAACAAUCUAUUACAAAUGCUCCGACAUCAAGUAGUGGAAAUGGUAUUUUAAGAACAAGAGGUUCUCUUUUGACUGUAGCUUUCCAAAUACUGAUGAAUAGUCCAACGACAACUGCCUUGGAGUCUGUGGCUGUUGUUAACUCUCUCAUUACCUCAACAGUAAAAAACAUAAAGGAUGCUUUGAUGAAUGGUUCCAAUUUAGAGUUUUAGUGAUUUUUCCUUUUGAAUUCAAAGACAAGACAUUGAAAGUUUUUGUUUCCAUAAUAUUUAUUGGAUCUUUUAUAUGUG